AUGGCCACCGGUGACAUUGACAUUUCUUUGUAUAACACGGUCACCGAAGGAAAAGCGACCAUUCUUUUCCCGAAGCAAAAUGAGGUGUUUUACAAUCCCGUGCAAGAAUUCAAUCGCGACAUGUCCAUUGCCGCCAUUCGCACCUGGAGUGAAAUAUUCCUCCAGGAAAAGAGAGACCGUAUUGAAAAGAAAAUCCAAAAAGUCAAAGAUGAAGAAGAACGCAAGAAAAUGGAAGCAUCUCUCAAUGAGCAUAUCAAUGCAAAGAACUUUACCAUCUUGGAGGCUUUGGCUGCCAGUGGGUUGCGAUCGGUGCGUUAUGCUAAAGAAAUUCCCAACUUGAGACAAGUGGUCACGAACGAUAUUGAAGCCGAAGCUGUCGAAUCGAUCAAACGUAAUGCGAAAUACAACGGUAUCAGCGAAGAUCUUUUGCUCCCCAAUAGGGGAGAUGCCAUGCAGGUCAUGUACAGCACGGUAGGGACAUCAAAGCGAUACGAUGUAGUCGAUCUGGAUCCCUACGGCAGUGCAGCUCCCUUCAUUGAUGGUGCAGUCCAAGCGGUUUCAGAAGGAGGCCUCUUAUGUGUCACAUGCACGGAUCUUGCUAUUCUUACGGGCUCUAUGCAUCCUGAAACCUGCUUUGGCAAGUAUGGUGGUAUGCCUUUGAAGGGAACGUUUCCCCAUGAAAUGGCCCUUCGUCUGGUACUUCAACAACUUCAAACUUCCGCCGGUAGAUACAAACGAUACAUUGUGCCUCUCGUUUCUUGCAGUAUCGACUUUUAUCUUCGUGUAUUCGUCCGUGUAUUCACUUCCGCUUCCGAAGUGAAAAAGGCAGCUAGCAAAAUGGCGAUCAUGUACGAGUGUUCAGGUUGCCACGCCUUUGCUACGCAACCUCUUGGUAAAAUCGCCAUGAAGGAAAACGGCCAUGAAAGACACACACCCGCCACUGGUCCAGUAGUCAAUGAACACUGUGUCAACUGUGGUAAUACGCAUCAUAUUGGUGGCCCGGCAUGGGGCAGUGCUCUCCACGAAAAGAGUUUUGUCGCGAAAAUGCUGAAUCACGUCAAGGAAAACGAAAAGAACUAUGGUACCCAUCAGCGUAUGAAGGGUAUGUUGACUGUCAUUGGUGAAGAGUUGGAUGCACCUCUCUACUGGACCAUGAGUCGAUUGUGUGGUACCCUGCACUGUACAAGUAUUCCUCAGGUUGAUUUAUUCUCUGCCAUCCUCAAUGCUGGUUACAAAGUAUCCGCUUCUCAUUGCGGCCCACUGACCAUCAAAACCGAUGCCCCUUCUCACAUUGUAUGGGAUAUUCUUCGUGCUUGGGUCAAGAAGAAUCCUGUAACAAUGGCCAAUAUCGCCCAAAACUCACCGGCCCGUGUGAUCUUGAGCAAAGAACCAAGUAUUGAGGUCGAUUUUACACGACAUCCUGAAGCAUUCCCUGAGUCCCGAUCGAUUCAAUUAGUACGCUAUCAAGUGAACCCUACGCCCAAUUGGGGACCUAAAGCGCGAGCAGGCACCAAGAGAAAGGCUGCUGAUAAAUAA